GGGAGGAGCCUCCAGUGAAAGUGAAAGUGUUCAGACUCGUUCUAACUUCAAGGAGCAGACGGAGGAGACGUGAAGUCUGAGGCUGUGAACUGGUUCAACAGGGAGGAGGAGCCUGAGAGCAGGGAGCGGUCAGACUCCAUUUUCACCUGGAUGAGCAGAAGGAAGGAAAGUGAGCAGACUGAAGAUGAGUGUUUAUGAGGAGGAAGAGGACAGAGCAGUCUCCAGUUGUCUGUCUCUGAAGAGUGACUGGUCCAUGGGAGUUCCUCCACUCUUCAGUAAUGAACCUGGACCCUCACACACAAAAGGUCAGGACCACAGACUGAGAGCAGAGUCUCCAGGGUCCAGCUGUCUGUCUCUGAAGAGUGACUGGUCCAUGAAACAUCCUCCACUCUUCAGUAAUGAACCUGGACCCUCACACACAGAGGAGAGGAAGAGGAGUCAUGUUUCUGAGGAGGAGCAGUCGUCCUGCUGUGCUUCGUGUCAGGACGUCCUGAAGGAUCCAGUCUCCACCAGCUGUGGACACUGGUUCUGCAGACAGUGCAUCACCUCAUACUGGGACCAGUCUGGUUCUUCAGGAGACUCCUCCUGUCCCCAGUGUGGAAAAAGAUCCAGAACAGGAGCUGGAGCAGAUCGUGGUCUGCAGGAGGUUUCAGAUGAACAUAAGCUCAGUGUGAGGAGGAGAUAUGAACAUGUGACUGAAGGAAGUGAUGAAACAGGAAGUAGAACCCUCCUCAACAGGAUCUACACUGAGCUCUUUAUCACAGAGGGACAGAGUGAAGAGGUUAAUACUCAACAUGAGGUGAAGCAGCUUGAGACGGCUUCCAAGAUGAAGAUCCUCCAGGACACUCCCAUCAAGGUCCAGGACAUCUUUAAAGCCUCCACUGACCAGCAGAGCAGCAUCAGAGUCGUCCUGACCAACGGCGUCGCUGGCGUUGGAAAAACCUUCUCGGUGCAGAAGUUCACUCUGGACUGGGCAGAGGGUUUAGAGAACCAGGAUGUGGGUCUGCUGGCUGUGCUUUCGUUCAGGGAGCUGAACCUGGUGAAGGACCAGCAGCACAGUCUCCUCACGCUGCUCCAUGUUUUCCAUCCAGCGUUACAGAAGCUCACUGCAGAGACGCUCGCUGUCUGUAAACCUUUGUUCAUCUUUGACGGCCUGGAUGAAAGCAGACCUUCUCUGGACUUCAACCACAGGGAGCUUGUGUCUGAGGUCACACAGAGGUCAUCAGUCAACGUGCUGCUGACAAACCUCAUCCGGGGGAAUCUGCUUCCCUCGGCUCUGGUCUGGAUAACCUCCAGACCUGCGGCGGCCAAUCAGAUCCCUCCUGCAUGUGUUGACAGGGUCACAGAAGUACGAGGCUUCACUGACGCCCAGAAGGAGGAGUACUUCAGGAGGAGGUUCAGUGAUGAAGAGCUGUGCAGCAGAAUCAUCUCACACAUCCAGACGUCCAGGAGCCUCCACAUCAUGUGUCAAAUCCCAGUCUUCUGCUGGAUCAGUGCUACAGUUCUGGAGCACAUGUUGACCACAGACCAGAGAGGAGAGCUGCCCAAGACCCUGACUGACCUGUACUCACACUUCCUGCUGGUUCAGACAAAGAGGAAGAACAACAAGUACGGUGAGGGACAUGAGACGAGUCCACAGCAGCUGACGGAGGCUGACAGGGACGUUCUCCUGAAGCUGGGGAGGCUGGCACUUAAACAUCUGGAGGAAGGAAACAUCAUGUUCUACCAAGAAGACCUGGAGCAGUGUGGUCUUAAUGUCACAGAGGCCUCGGUGUACUCAGGAGUUUGUACUGAGAUCUUCAGAAGAGAGUGUGUGAUCUUCCAGAAAUCAGUCUACUGCUUUGUUCAUCUGAGUGUUCAGGAGUUUCUGGCUGCAGUCUACAUGUUCCACUGUUACACCAAGAGGAACACAGAAGAACUCAACAACUUCUUGGGAAUGCGUAAGAAAACAGACAGUACCUUCUCCCUGGAUGACCUCCUGCAGAGAACCAUGAAGAAAUCCCUCACCAGUACAAAUGGUCAUCUGGACCUGUUUGUUCGCUUCCUUCACGGCCUCAGUCUGGAGUCCAACCAGAGAGUCUUAGGAGACCUGCUGGGUCAGACAGAGAACAAUCCAGAGAUCAUCCAGAGAGUCAUCAACAACCUGAAGAAGAUGAAGAGUGAUGACAUUUCUCCUGACAGAAGCAUCAACAUCUUCCACUGUCUGACUGAGAUGAACGACCACUCAGUUCAUCAGCAGAUGAAAGAGUUCCUGACGUCAAAGAAAAAAUCAAAGUAUCUCUCUGUCAUCCACUGCUCAGCUCUGGCCUACAUGCUGCAGAUGUCAGAGGAGGUUCUGGAUGAGUUGGACCUGAUGAAGUUCAACACAUCAUACCAGGGUCGACAGAGACUGAUCCCAGCUGUGAGGAACUGCAGGAAAGAAGUGAAUCCUAAUCACAAGCUGUCAGAUAAAUGUGGUCCUCAUCAAGGUGAAGAUCAGGAGAUCUACUGA